AUGACACUUGGCGCUUCGCUUCAUAAUGUACUCAGUCGUGUCAAGGCUCUUCCCCAGACCUACCCCGCAAUAGAUAUUGCCUACUCCCCUACAGAUCCGAUUCAAGAGCCGGUGACCUUGCAACUACCGUCUAAUGGUCUGCGACUACGUUUCGACGGCCCGGACCAAAGGUUACGCCUGAUCGAAGUGCUCGACUUCUCCAAGAUCUCCCUAGUGUAUAAAAACCAGGAAGUGUUGAAAGGAGGCAAACCACAAGAACGGGCGGUCUCGCACCAAGGUCCCAGUUUCGGACAUAUAUACCACCGCCUCUUUGGUCCUUCCUAUCCAGGUGAAUAUCAAAAACCAACUAACCAGUCACCAUAUGGCACAUAUGUGUUAUCGUACCCUGGGGUGGCCUUCUCAUUCCCCCUCCAGCAUUCGGCUUGGUCAGACCAGUGCGAUUUUGUAGCGUUGCUCUCUUCCUCAGCAGCUUUGCCAGCCACCUCCAUGGCGAUCUUUGAGGGGUCAUCCUGGUCUGAUGCUCGGGAAAGAUUGUUCACCCAGCAGCCGAAGUAUCCUCGAUCCCCGGCACUGGCGGGCAAGAACAAAGAAUCUGUCCCAGACGAGGUCGAAGAGUUUAAUAUCUUGGGUGCAGGUAGACUAGAGGUCAUUCGGAGAUCCUCCCCUCCCAGUUACAUUACGCUGGCGGAAACUACCCCGCAAGAUCUCGUGGCAGAGUUUGGGCCGCCCGACGCCAUCUAUCGUAAGCAUGAUAGGAGGAUAACGAUCCACCGCGCGGCUGGCGGUGGUGAGGACCAUAUACAUAUGAGCCCACCUUUGGGUAGGGGAAUAGACGUGACUGAUACGGAUCAAUCGUCCAAUAAUAGUGGCACCGAAGAUUCGGAUGAAGAGCUUUCCCAACCUCAUAACUUGGACCCGUCAUCGUUGCCCACAGAAUGUUUCUUUAACUAUUUCCAUCAUGGGUUUGAUGCUUUUGUAUCUUACCCUACCACGCCUGGGCCUGCAUUUCCAGGAUCCGAUAUUCAAGACCCGUCUCCUCCGUCUCCCUCCUCUCAGUUGGUAGUAACUAAGAUUAUUCUGCAUGGGAAUGUGCCAGGAUCAUAUCCUUUCAAUCGACACCGACGCAGCCGUUGGAAGAUAAAGCUGGACUCGCUGGGCGAGGUAGUCUCCUCGGAAACACGGUACGAGGAGGUCUCUGAUCGACUCAGGGAGGUCUGGAAGGGUGCGUAUGGCAACCCUGCUGAGGAGCGAGCCUUACAGCGGCCCAUGGUACUGAAUCGCGGCUGGGGUGAUAGUCCCGAGAGUAGUGUGGAGUUCCUGGGAGGUUGGGAAGAGAGUACAGGUAAAGGUCAGAGACUUGGACAGGAUAGUCAUGAUGGAGGGUUGGGGAACACGGAGCUGUUUGGCUUUCCUGGUUUGCUGUUUGAGGUUAUGAAGAAUGGGGCAGUUAGCUGCUUGACGAGGCUGACAUGCUCCAGCGGUAGUAUGCCGGAACUGUCGCGGGCGCUUACUCGGUCCUGGUCGUCGACGCUCAAGCUCCCGAAGUCGACGUUUCCUGCACGCGUGACCUCGGCCGAUCAAACAAAAUACCUGCGACGAUGCACUGACGAGCUCUACGCCUGGCAACGCCGUGAAAGACCGGCCGAGAAGCCUUUUGUCCUACACGAUGGCCCGCCGUAUGCUAACGGCGAGCUCCACGUUGGACACGCACUGAACAAAAUUCUUAAGGACAUCAUAUGCCGAGUACAAUUGGGACUGGGAAAGCGAGUGCGGUAUGUCCCGGGAUGGGAUUGCCAUGGUUUACCAAUUGAGCUCAAGGCCCUUGAAGCCCAGAAGGGAUCGAAGGAUGCAGGGGGCUCUAUCAGCGCAGCGGUGAUAAGGAAGGAAGCGCGUGCAUUGGCAAGACGGACGGUUAAAGAACAAAUGAAGGGAUUCCGUGGCUUUGCGGUCAUGGGCGAUUGGGAGAACCAUUGGAAGACUAUGGAUAAGGAAUUCGAGAAGAGACAACUUGGAGUUUUCCGGGAAAUGGUUGAUAAGGGUUUAAUCUACCGGAGAUUCAAGCCGGUCUACUGGUCUCCAUCCACGGGCACCGCGCUCGCGGAAGCGGAAUUGGAAUACAAAGAUGAUCAUGUUUCUACUGCUGCCCUGGUUAAGUUCCCCCUGGUAACUAUUCCGUCGCACUUGGCGCAGAAUCCGCUGCUACAAGUUAAGGAUCUUACUGCUGUGAUUUGGACUACUACUCCCUGGACGCUCCCGGCCAACGCUGUAAUUGCUGUUCACCCAGAGCUAGAAUACACGAUUGUUCAGUCAGACACGCACGGUCACCUUCUCGUUGCGCAAUCUCGGCUACAGUAUCUUGAAAACAUCCUCAAGGAAGACCUAUCUGUGAUAAUUCCAUCCAUCCUUGGGUCGGAGCUGGCAGAUCGGACGACGUAUCGGCCUCUGUUCAAGGGGGCUGAUGCAGAGCCUCAGCCCAUCAUUGCCGCCGACUUUGUCACUGCCGAUUCUGGAUCCGGUCUUGUUCAUUGCGCUCCAGGCCAUGGAAUGGACGACUACGACGCCUGCCUCUCUCGCGGUAUUCCUGCAUUCGCCCCUGUUGAUGAUCAUGGCAGAUUCACCGACCAGGCUAUGCCUAGUGACCCCACAAGAUUGAGUGGCAAGAGCGUCUUAGAUGAAGGAAACGUCGCUGCUCUUGAAUACAUUGAAUCACAAGGCUACCUUCUUUCGAAGCAUCGGUACGAACAUAAAUAUCCCUAUGACUGGAGGUCUAAGCGCCCUAUCAUUAUCAGAGCCACUGAGCAAUGGUUCGCCGAUGUGGCGGACAUUCGUGACAGUGCAGUGAAGGCUUUGGAGGAUGUUCAUUUCGUUCCACCUUCCGGACGUCAACGAUUGGAAAACUUCGUGAAAAACCGUAGCGAAUGGUGUAUUUCGCGUCAGCGUGCUUGGGGUGUACCGAUUCCUGCGCUCUACCACCGGAGCACAGGUGAAGCCGUGCUUACCAAGGACACUGUCUCGCAUAUCAUGGCCGUUAUUGAUGAGCGCGGCGUUGACGCCUGGUGGACGGAUGAUGCAAAUGAUCCUGCCUGGAUCCCACCAUUCCUCCAGGAGGCGUCUGGACCUGGGUAUAGGCGUGGAACAGACACUAUGGAUGUGUGGUUUGACAGUGGCACCAGCUGGGCUGAGAUCGAAACACCCUAUCCUAACGGCUAUCCAGCGGAUGUCUAUUUAGAAGGUACUGAUCAACAUCGCGGUUGGUUCCAGUCGGGCCUCCUCACAUUCACAGCCCACCAACUCGCGACAGGGCAGACGGCUCCCCGUGCACCAUUUAGACACCUUAUCACACACGGUUUCUUCCUCGACGAGCAAGGACGCAAAAUGAGCAAAUCUAUCGGUAAUGUGAUACAUCCGCAAGCCAUCAUGGAUGGGACCCUUUUACCGCCCCUCAAGCCGAGGAAGGGCAAGAAGAAGCAGCCAGAGAGCCAAGGACCCGUCUACGAUGCUCUUGGGCCUGAUGCGCUUCGUAUGUGGGUUGCAAGCAGUGAUUACACCCGCGACGUGGCUAUUGGAAAGCAGGUUCUUCAGACUGUUAACACAAGUUUGCACAAGUACAGAGUGACUUUUAAGCUCUUGCUUGGUGCUCUUUCAGACUUCCGCUUCGAGGAUCGCGUGCCUUAUGAGCAGUUGCAGCAAGCUGAUCGGAUCGCGCUCAAGCAUCUAUCUGAAAUGACACUGGCUUGCCAAAAGGCCUGUGAACACUUCGAGUUCUAUAAGGCUGUGAAUGCUUUGAACCGUUGGGCCAACCUCGAAUUCUCUGCAUUCUAUAUGGAGGCCAUUAAAGACCGACUGUAUACCUAUGGGGAGAACAGCCUAAGUAGACGCGCUGCGCAGACAACCCUGUUCCAUAUUUACCAUCACCUUCAAGAAGCAUUGGCCCCUAUCACGCCCAUGCUCGUGGAAGAGACUUGGGAGCACACGCCUGCAGCAAUAAAGUCGCAUUGUGAGCAUCCUUUGAAGCGUAUUAUCUCUGUGCCUCCUUCGGAAUGGCAAAACAACUCUCUUGAGGCAGACUAUCAGGACCUCAUUGCUGUCCAUUCAGUUAUCAAGAACGUCCAGGAAAUUGCCCGAGGUAAGAAGGAACUGGGCUCGUCCCUCCAAUCUUUUGUUCAUAUUGUUCUUCCCCAGGGUGUCAAUGACACCGUAUUCCAACGAACUCAAACCGAACUUCCCGAUAUCUUUGUUGUAUCUUCCGUUACGCUUGGCAAUCCCGGUGAGCCUAUUCCCGCAACUAUUGCAGAUGCACAAUGGCAGUACAACGAAGACUUUGAGCUGCCCAGUGGACAAAAAGGCACUGUAUAUGUUUAUACCCCGCAGGCCGACAAAUGCCCGCGGUGCUGGCGCUAUGUUGUUCUAGAAUCACAGGCUGCCGAAGAGGCUGUUUGUGAUCGCUGUGAGGACGUUGUCAGUGAGCUUGAUGUGGCCAAAGCGGCUAAGGAGGCCGAAACACCAUAA